AUGAAAUUCGCUACUAUUACCUCAAUUGCUAUUGUCGCUCUUGCCCAAUCUGCCACUGCUUUAAGGACUGUCACUUUGAAAACUUUUGGUUAUCCACCACCACAAUAUCCAGAAGUCACAGGUAAAACAGUUUCUGCUUGGCAUGAAGGAGCUGGUAUCAAUUAUCUUCUUAUUGCUGAACCAGCUACUAAAUUCACUUAUGAUGAAGAAUCCAAACAUUUAUAUUUCGAAGGUGGUCAAGGUCCAGAUGGCCCAUUGAAAUGGUAUUUCACUAUUGGUGAUGGUGAACCAGGUAUUUUACAAGCUAAUCCAACUGAUAAACCAACAGAAAUCACUAUUGAUAAUUUAGGUUUUAUUACUUUUGAAGGAUCUUAUAAUGUUAAAGGAGUUAAAAAUAUUGAUGAUCCUUAUAAUUAUUCUAAAGAUUAUUAUGUUUUGGCUAAAUAUGAUAAAGAAGCUCCAUCUGAUGCUGUACCAGUUUUUUUCCAAGCUAUCGAUGCUUAG